AUGGUGGAUGACACCAUUCAUCUUUCUUCCAGAGUCUCAAGAAGCUGUGACCAAUGUAAAGCCCGCAAAUUGCAUUACCUAGUGCAGUUUGCUUCUCCUAUUUAUGAGAAUUGUUUGAAACGAGGUACAAUCUGCCAUUUCGGCUAUACCAAGCGCCGACUGAAGCAAACGAGUGGGGCUAAAUCGCCUAACCGGGGUAUGUGA